GACUCGAGUACGUGUACCACCACCGCCUCAAAUUACAAAAAUAUGUCGUGAGGAACACACGGCGAUCGUCGCUCACCUAAUAUACAAUCAUAAUAAUCAUACGCGAACGCUACUGCACGGUCUUCACCGUUGUCGGUUAUCACGAAUAUUAUGUGGCGUUCGUAUUCCGUACUAACGCAACGCAACGCCGCCGCCGCCGUCGCCGUCGUUUACUAGGUAUCGUUUUUCCACCUGUGCCAACGCCGCUCGUUCCGCCUAUAGCCGUUCCACGUUCGCGACCAUCGUUGCCGUCCACACGCUCCGGAUCGAAUGCGCGUGUGUAACUUCUUAAAUAUCAUUAUCAUUAUCGGUUUAACCGUUCUCGAAUUCUACCGACGACGUCAUCGCCGCCGCGAUCCCGUCGUUUCAAGUCGCGCGUUUCCCGAUGCCGUCUCGUUGACGAUCACACUACUACGAAGGUACAGCAGUCGUCCCACACACGUCAAUUUGCACGUCGAUGCACUGAUACGGGCCUCACCUAGCCAAACGCACAUACGAAAUGGGACAAAAAGUCAGCAGUCUCGGCGAUGCGUUCGCUUGGAAAAGUUCCACCACGGAUCAUCCGGCGAGGAACGCGGCAGCAGCCGCUGCCGCGGCAGCAGCAGCAGCAGCGGCCGCGGCCGCAGCCAACGGCGGUAAUAACCCGCGGACAGGUAACGUUGCUCGAACAACGGUGGCGAUAACGACUGUUUCGACCGAAACGGAUCAGCGGCGUUUGGAAAACAACGUCGGUUGUGUUUCCGACGUGGAUCAUCGUCGUGAACAACCGUUGGAUACGGUGAUGGAUAUCGAUCACGGCCAUUCCUCGAAAUGUUCCGAACCGUCGACGGGUCACCGUGCAGCAGAGGCGUGCAUGCCUGCCGCGUCGAAGUCUAGCGGCCAGACGUCCAAGCGCACGGCGGUUGGUUCGAAAAAACUGAACCAUUGGGCGAUGCGGUUCAACUGCUCAAGACCCAAGUCUAAAAAUGCAGCCGCCUCUGUCAAGUGUUCCAGUCCACCGCCACCGCCGUCACCGUCUCCACCUGAAAUCGUUCCUGAGCCGCCGACCGAAGUGGUAACGUCGUGUGAUUCAUGCGCGUGCACUCGUUAUCGACACACUGAUGAUUCCCAAUCGCAAAGUGCUGACAUCAUGUUUGACGAUGUUCCGGUGAACCCCUUUCCAAUUGUACUCCCGUCAUUCCAAGAUGAAGACGAAGAUGAGGAGGAAACUCAAGAAAUUCUCGACUUUGAGGGUGCGUUCAACGCGUUCCACCGUGGGUUUGGACAUCGCAGUGAAUUGGUGUUACCAUCAUUUGAUGAACGUAUCAUGGACUUGGAACUACAUUCGGACGAAGAGUUUAUGAACGAAGAUUUUGAAGACAGAGCCUACAAAGAACGGGCCAAGGAAAUCCAAGAGGGUAUUGAACCACCACCUGGAUUUAGGCCCGGAUUGCAUAUACAAUUGUUAGAAUUUAGUUUGCCUAAAAUGACCAUUGAUAAUUUAACCUCAUUAUUCCAUAGAGCCGCGAUUAAUGCCUUCACCGCACCACCAGACAUGGAUGACAGUCACAGAAUACAUACGUCUAUUGAUUAUAUUCAUUAUUUAGUUCCUGAUCUGCUACAAAUUACAAACUGUUCGUUUUACUGGGGCAAAAUGGACAGAUACGAGGCAGAAAAACUGCUCGAAAACAGACCAGAGGGCACGUUUUUAUUGAGAGAUUCGGCACAAGAAGAAUAUCUGUUUUCGGUAAGUUUCAGAAAGUAUGGACGGUCCUUGCACGCACGGAUUGAGCAAUGGAAUCAUCUCUUUAGUUUUGAUUCGAGAGAUCCAGGCGUGUUUGCAUCGUCUACAGUCUGCGGACUGAUUGAACACUAUAAAGAUCCCACUUGUUGUAUGUUCUUUGAGCCAAUGCUGACCAUACCGUUGAAUAGAAACUUUACUUUUUCUUUGCAACACACAUGUCGUGCAGCUAUUUGCAGUAAAAUCACAUACGAUGAUGUGAAUCAAUUAAAACUUCCAAAAUUAUUGAAGUCGUAUUUGAAAGAGUAUCAUUACAAGCAACGUGUUAGGGUGCGUAUAUUUGAUUCAGAUGUAUUUGAGUGCUAAAUGAUCACCCUUUUAUUAUAAUUUUUUUUUUAUA